GGAGUUGACCUUCACCGACCUUGUGGACCGCCAUUUUGUAUCAUAGAACAAGAAAUGGCAUCGCGUAGAAUUGCGAAAUCAGCCAUAGAUUGGGUCGCGUUUGCUGAACGUGUACCCAAAAACCAGACAGAACUCUUUAGAGCUUUCAAAGGCAGAAGCGAUAGUUUUGUUACAAAGGUAAAUCGAUUGUCGGCUGAGGCUCCUAAAAUAAAUUGGGAUCAUUAUAAAAGUGCUGUCGCCACUCCAGGCCUAGUUGAUAAAUUGCAGAAAGAAUAUGACGCUUUCAAAGUUCCUUACCCUCAAGACAAGGACAACGUUGUAGGAAAGAUUGAUCAAGAAGUGCAAGAAGCUGCCAAGCAAACCGCUGAGUUUGUCAAACAAUGUCAACAGCAUAUUGAAGAGGCUAACGGAGUUUUGAGCAAAAUUGAUAUGGUUCCACCUUUGGAAAAGAUGACUGAUGAAGUUUUCGCUGACUACUUCCCAGAUAGAGUACCAAACCCACAAAAACCAACAAUGUGGCCCCAUACUAAGAAUGCACAACCUGAAAAUGUUCAGGGUGUUGUUAAUUAA